GCUUUUCUCCACUUUUUCUGUUAAAAAGCUUCCUCCACCGCAACGAAUUUCACGGCGACGGUGAAGAAGAAGUAAAGUCCUAGAUGUGUCUCAUGGCGUUAUCCGACGCGGUUCUCGGGAAUCUCGCGACGAUCUACGUGGCGGUGAUUAUCGCGAUUAAAGCCUACGGAUUAAUCACCGGGAGGAGUUUCAGCGCUGGAUUCGUCGUCGUCGUUUCGAUUACGGCAGUUGGUGUUUUGCUUGCAGUUACGCUUGCUUGGGAUGUGUCUCGUAGAGCAGCGGAGGCGGUUUCUCGGUACAAUCGUGUUGGUGGUGAGGAAGAUCUUAGCCACCACCGUCACCAUCACGACGGUGGUGCGAUUUGUAAAGGAGGGAUUUGCUGGCACGGCGUUGCGGUUCGGUCUCCGGCUUCACAGGUUCGAUUUAGGCUUCCACAACAUAUACCUUACGGUGCUUUCUGAGUAUAUAAACUUCGAAUUUUCCCUCUUUAUUUUGACUUUUGUGAAGUAGAUAACAUGUGUUAGAUAUAUACGUUUCUCAUAGAUUUUCUGUGUAAUAGAUGAUGAUGAGGAAUAAGGUAAUGGUGUUCUUCUUCUUGUAAGUUGGAAGGUUUUUGUUUGUAUUGAUAUGUUGUAAAAUCGGAUAGUGAUUGUGAUGAUUAUAGAUAUGAUGUUCUUGUUUUUAAAAGUAAAAAUGGAUUUUG